AUGACGGAUGAUGCUAUUGUCGGUAACUUUAUGGAAGCUGCUGCUGGAGGUAUCGAUACUACUUCUGGUUCGGUCUGUUUCGUCAGUUAUUUUAUGGCUCAAUACCCUGAAGUAAAGAAACGUGUCUUUGAAGAAAUUGACUCGAAAUUUACACGUGAUCAAAAAUUAACUUUCGAAGAUCUGAACAAACUUCCUUAUUGUGAGGCGGUGAUUCGAGAAACUUCUCGAUUCUUUCCAACCGUAGAUCUUAAUUAUCGUAUGAAUACCAAGGAAGAAAUCUUGAAUGGUUACGUUAUUCCAGCCGAAACUCAAAUUUAUAUACAUCACUAUGGUAUGAAUAUGCACGAGGCUCAUUGGUCUAAUCCUGAAAUAUUUAAUCCUGAUCGUUUCUUGAACGAUCGAGAAAAAUCUAUGAAUUUUCAAUUUGGAGGUGGUAUCAGAAUGUGUCCGGGUCGAAAUUUAGCAAUGAUGGAAUUGAAAGCGUUCAUGGUAUUGAUGUAUCGAAAAUAUGAUAUCGAAUUGGUUGAUAAGAACGCUCCUUUGAAAACUCACUACUCUAUUAUUAGGCAUUGUGAUGAACUCAAAGUUAGAAUUAAACCCAGAGUAUUCUAA